CUGACUGAUGACGUUCGGUAUCGCCUUCACCGUCGAAUUAGCGGAGCAGUUCUUCAUCCUCCACAACACGCUAAGAUGCCUGUAAGCAAGCCAACACGCACAAAGAUGGCCGGGCCCUGCCUGUGUGUCCGCACUGUGUGUUCCCCGCGGUUGAUUGCAGUCACGACGCCCCGCCAUUGGCGUGGGAUUGGUACGUGGGGACGUCAGGGCAGCAGUGGGCGGACAGGGGGAUAUUCGAGCACUCAGAGUCAUACCAGCUGGAGCCGCCCGCAGGGCCAGCCGGAGAGAACUUGGCACUAGGUGACCGACCGCCUGAACGGCUGGCUGGACCACUGUGCGGGGGCGCUUCGCAUUGGUGAUGGCGUGAUUGUCUUUGUUUGAGUCAGGUCAUGAGGAUGCACUGAAGGCGACACAAGCGUGGUGAGGGCGAGAUGGGAUGGGAUGGCAUUGACACGGCAUGGAAUGAGUGUGUCUGACAGGUACGAUGAGGUGGAGCAGUGGACGCCAGGCAGCGGCUUCUCAUCAGGCACGGGGCACUUGUGAGCAACGAAAGGCACUCACACAGAUCGAUCACACACACAUAGACACACACACCCCCAAUGGCAUACACAUACACGUACCCCUUGGCAGCACGGCGAUGGUGUGGAAGGGCGCCAAGUCGUUUGGCUGUGGCGUCAAGACCGAUUCAUCGCGGGGCGGCACGCUGUACGUCUGCCGAUACAAGGGCGAUGACGAGCUGGGCAAGAACACACCCAACAUGCGUAAGCGACAAGGGAAGGCAUCGAUGGAUGGAUGGAUGGACGGGCGUGCGUCGGUUGGCCUGCACUGCAAUGCACUGCAGAGGGCUACUUUGACGAGAUGGUUCAGGAGAGGAACCCUGACAAGACCGAAGAGGCGUGCCGGCAGCAGACUGAGGAGGAAUGGGGUAUGCCCUGCACACCCACCACACACAACCAACACACAACCAACACACACAACCAUCUCUCCCCUCCCUCAUCAUUGUGCUGUCUGUCGGUCCUUCUGUGUUCAUUCAGUGAAGCUGCUGGAGGCGGGCAUAGGGGUGCCACCGUCCCUGAGCACCUUCGAGCAGAACAUGCUCUCGCCCCUCCGCACAGCAGACGCGUGUGCGGGCACAGGCGUCACACCACAGACUUGUGUCAAUCUCAACCUCCGACUGAAGAAGUACCGGACGACCUUCGAGCCUCUCUGCGCGUCGGACGAUCCGCCAGAGAAGGGGUGCGGCACACUGGGGGAGAUGUGCUGCCUGAGGUGCAACCUCAACGGCAACGAUCCUGAGUACACCGAAUGCCCAGCAGGUCAGUCAGUCACCAAACUGCUUUUCUGGAUGGAUGGAUGGAUUGGGGGUGCCCUGUUUGUGUGUCUGUGUGUGUGUGUGCAGGUGAGAAGGGUCUUCCGACAGAGCCCAGUGAGCACUUCAGUGAGGAGGAGUGGGAGCGGAUCAUCGGCGAGAUAGGGCGGGGGGAAGGAAAACUGCGGCACAUUGACCUGCGGCAACCUGCACCGCUCUCCUGACGGAGGAAAUUGACCAACCAAGGAGAGAGGGAGGGAGAGAGGGAGGGAGAGAGGGAGGGAUGGAGGGGGGAGGCGGGCAAUGCUGCCCCGCCCCGUUGGUCAUUUUUGCGGUGCGUUGGCGUAGUCCUUUUUCGUCUCCUUUUGGUCAAGCGGUCAGGCAGGCAGUGUCCCACAAACGUGUCUGUCUUUUGGACACGGCUUGGCUUGAAUUCAAUGUCGAUAGACCUCACCCACCACACACACACACACACAUGGUCACAGUGUCUGUCAUGCUCACGUGACGUGCAAACACCACCAAGAGAGUGAGGGAGAGAGGGCGAGGGAUGAUGGUUUUUCGUAGGUGUCAGUCAGUCAUUUCAUGUCGGUCGUCCGUCCGUUUGGUUUUUCCGUGCACACGUGCGUACAGUCCACUUUUUGGUGAGUCGACCCUCUCCAUCCUUGUCACACAUCGCUGUCUGUCUGCCUACCUGCCUACCAGGUGUCAGUCAAUUCGAGCCUUUCUCCUCUCAUUGAUUGUGUUGUAUAGCCCAUAUUUCCCCCCCAUGGCCCCCUCCCCCUCCCACCUCCAUCUGUCUCACUCACUUGUCUGUCUGUGUAAGGUUGGUUGACACGCCGAUCGGAU